CAAGCAGUAGAGUCUACUAGAGAUGUACCGGUACAUAGAUGGUGCAUUCUUUGACUCGGAGCAUUGAAUCAACAAAUUAUUUACGUGAUUGACGCUAGUGGUAGUAGCGAGUGCCGGUGCGGAAAUAGGCCGCUGCCUCUGCCUUUGGUCCUCGAUAACAAACCUUUCAAAGUUUGGCUGCUUGGCGUAUCAGCAGAGGUGAAGCCUGAAUUGGCGGAAAGCGAAGAAAAUGCCAGUCCGGUACCAGUUACACUGAUCCAGGAUUGACCAAAUCGUCGCGUGCGCAGCAGUGAUCCGUGCUUCAUACUUCGUAGUCCUCUCAAACCUGCUCAGCCUGUCGUGGAAUCGUCGUAGUAAAUCCAGAGCGGGGCUUCGAGUCCUGACGGACGUGUACGCAAAGGUAGAAUUAGCAGGCCGAUUGAAGAUAUCUACAUCGUAGCGUGCUGCUCCCCCCCCCCCCUCCCUUCUAUCGUCAUGGCUGAUCACGGCUUUGAGGUGCUGUACAAGAUUCUGGUGAUAGGGAACAGCGGCGUGGGCAAGACGAGCGUCAUGAUGCGAUACGUGGAUCAGCAGUUCAAGCCCAGCAUGCUUAGCACCGUAGGUGUCGACUUCAAGACCAAGGUGAUCUUGUGCAAAGGACAGAGGAUCAAGCUGCAGAUAUGGGAUACAGCAGGACAUGAGAGGUUUCGUACCAUCACUGGUGCAUUCUACCGAGGAGCAAUGGGUAUUCUGCUGGUGUACGACAUCACGGAUUCAGCGUCGUUUGCUGAGACGUCUCAGUGGCUGAACAAUAUCAAGGAGAAAUGUGCUCCGGAGGAUGAUCCCGUAGUUUUUCUUGUGGGUAACAAGUGUGACCUGAAGGAUCAGCGGCGGGUGUCUACCACCGACGGUGAAAAGCUCGCGAAAACGUAUGGAAUUCUUUUCGCCGAAACCAGUGCGGCGGAAUACACCAAUAUCUCCGAGACUUUUGCCAAGCUGACUGAAGUCAUCAUGGACCGCGAUAAGCUUGCAGCAAGUGUGUCUGUAGCAGCGCAACUCGGUGAUGAGAAGAAAACGGACGUUCACACUCUAGACGAUGAGGAUUCUGUUCCACAACGACGGAAAUCUUGCUGCAAGUAAUGGCUGCAGAAACUGUCAGCAACUGCUUCCUUUUUUUGUUGAAUUGAGUAGCUUGCAGGCUCAGAGACUACUAUGAGAUGGAGUAGAAAGUAAACCUGCUUGGAAUCUACUGCUGCUGCCACUGCUGCUACUGUUGCCACUGCUGCUGCCGCCGCUGCUGCUGUUGCUGCAGGUCUGAGGUUGUUGUGUGUGCUUCUGCUGACCGGUGAAGGGAGCGCUGGUGGUAAGUAGUGUGGCCGUAGACCGUGGCUCUCUGAGUUCAUGGUUAUGUGGUGUGUGUGUGUGUGCUGCAAGGCCAUGCACUGCGGGUGCAAUACUUUCACUGUGGUGUCACUGGCUAGGUAUUACCUAGGUGAGAACAUUGUACUGGAUAUUUAUAACAGAGUUUUCUGAAGCACCUCAGCUUACACAAUACUCACCGCUCCGAGGCUCCACGGCAAGAAAUGGCCGUAAGCGUUGAACGGUAUUCUCCGUAUCUGCUCAUUUGGGCCUGGCAUUCCGCUUUUGUAGUUGGUUUCCACAACCCUCCACCCUUCCACAACCCUCCCCGUUCCCAUAGGAUGUGUGUUUUGGCACAGCACAAGUAUUUCUACUGUCGUACAUAAGUUCGCAUUGCUGAGACCGCUCAUCUUGCCUUGCCUUUCCUAAUCACGUAUGUCAUUAUCCAUCGCAACCAUGAGGUGACUUUUCCGACCUGUUGCAAGCUUAGCUGCUUGACAUUUUUCCUUGAAAUUGAUCCCUCUUGGAACUGAACGCAUCCAUGAAAUUCCGCAGCAAUUCUAAAAGUUAAAUAUAGGAGGUGCUGUCGAUAGCCUCGAACAUUUCACUACGAAGUACUCUUUUGCUCAAUUGACGUAGGAAUGAUUCUACUGCAGGCUUGCUAAUCACGCUGAAUAUACCCGUAUUUGUCAGCAGCAUGAUUUCUGCUUGCGCCUGGCAAUGCUUUUAAAUUGCCAAAGCUCCUUGCCCGGCGUGCAGUCAACGCUAGGCAAAGUAGUAGGAUCAAUAACGUAACAUACUGUAGCGUAUCUAAAGGUCGGAAAGUGCACACCCUUUUUUAAACAGAUAAUAAUAAUAAUAAGUAUGUUCUUUAUGGCGACUGAUAUUAGCUCGCAUCCAAAAUCAUAGCAUUUUUUAAAAAUUAUCGUGAAAGAAUUUUUGAAUUAACAUUAACAUUUCUGCAACACCCUAUUCAAGCUAUGAUAUUAUUUCGAUUUUGGACUCUUUCCAGUUGCUUCCCGUAUAAUUUUCAAUUUGAGUACACGCAACCAUCAUGCCCAACCCAAGCGCAUGCAUGAUAGGUUUCUGAUUUUUUAAAUAUUAUUUUUUUUGUCUGCUGUAGGGUGUUCAGUUUAGUGGAGCUCCGACUUGCUUCAUGCAAUUGGCACUAAUUGCCCGGCAAUCUGGUCGAGGAUUCGCGCAUAGGAUGUACAUGACUGUGCUCUAUCAAUCAAGUCUUCAAAAUUCCCGCUUGUACUUUAAUCUCAUGGAGUCGUCAAAAUUAAUUUUACUGCAUAUUA